CUCAACACUAGCGCAUACAUCCUUCACAUCUGAAAUCUCCCAAGAACUCUGAUCCAUCAGCCCUCCUGCGUUUGAAGUUUUUUUUUUUUUCGUCAGUUUCUCGUGGCUGGUCUGUGGAACAUCACAUCACAAAACAUUUCAACGUCGAUAUGGCUAGUAUGACGGAAAGUACUAGUUCGAAUCAAGCGACUGUUGAUCGUGUCCUCGAUGCACUGGAAGCUCUAGCUCGAAAGUAUCAUUAUGGCGCAAGGAGCGAAGCCAAUGGUUUUAUUCCUAAGGGCGAAGAGAAAGAAGAACUAACAGAGGAGGAAGUAGAGCAGCGACACGAAAGAUUGAAUGAACUGCGAUCGAAGCUUCUGCCUUCGUUGAAAGACCACGUCAAUGGUAUCUCAACCUCAUUGAAUAACUUGGCCAACAAUUCUUCAAGUGAUCCAGACUUCGGAUCGACUUUGAAGAGCAUCGAACAACUUGUUCAAAUUACAACUAAGGCCAUAAAGUUGAACUUUUCACUUUUUUGGGAAGCACCCCUCCCAAGCAACACUCACGACUACCAGUUGAAAGAAAGUAAAAUUUAUAGAACUGAAGAUCUGUACACAAGCACCUGUUGUUUAGAAAGCAGUCGCAGUUCUCUACUUGAACACGGUGUCGACUUCAUUAAAUCUUGGAAGACUUCCACCCAUAAUCGUCCAAUUACCAAUCACUACAUGAAACUAACACCCCGAGAAAGGCUGCUCGAAACAACCACCAGCUACGAUGCUCUAAUCGAUAAAAUCAUCCGAGCGUCGCAAGUCUCUGAGUUGACUUUUUUACAAGAAUGCUGGCGAGAUACUAGCAAACAUUUCGCCGAUGCACUCAAACGCCUGGCCGUCCUAACUGGUCCUAACAGGAAGAAUAAGAGCGUGCUCAGGAGGGAUAUUGUCACUCUGGCUAAAGCAACCACACCACUCAUCAAGUUACUAAGGAUAUUAUACAUGAAAAUAUCUACCAAUCAAUUCGAAUUUAGAUUGAAUACAGAGGAGAUCAAUUCAAAAACUCUCUCUUUAUUACAUGGUGAUCCACCUACGAUCAAAUUUCGAUGUGAUGUUCAUGCCUGUUCAUUGGAAGACAUCCAUAAAGCAAAUUCCAUAUGUAGUAUCGACAAACAAUUUCUAGUCGAGAGGAUUCACGAUAUCUCUAGAACGAUCGAUUAUACUGUUCUUCUUCUCGCUUUACAUCUCGUCCCUCUACCACCUUGUAAGAUAGAUCCUUCUUUACGACAUACUCGUGACUUCAAGACUUGGCUUUUCUCGUGGCAAAAUCAUUGGACCCUCGCUAAGACUAAUUUGUUACGUCUUAUAUCAUCUGUCAAUCUCCUUUGAAGCUACUCAAAAUUAAAGUAUGCGUAUAUAUAUUUAUUUAUCCAAACUUGCCAUUGUAUGAAACUCUCUUUCUCCCCAAGA